CUCUGCUGUUUCUAAUAAGGCAGCAGAAAGUGGUUAUGAAGGAAAACGGAUCGCUCAUGUCUAUAGACAAUCAAAGACUACUCCUCAAACGACGAGUUUUGAUAGAUUGUAUGGUGCAAUUAAUAAAGUUCGUGACGAGUUCCUUGGUUGCUUUCGCAUCAUCAAGCACGCUAUGACCGCGAAUUCGAAUUAUCCCAUCCUUUCAGUAGUCGUUGUUGGAACUUUUGGAAUUCUUGAGUGUACUCAAGCAAUGACUACGAUUCACCAUUCAACGUCCGAAACCCUAAUUUAUCUAAAGAGCAAGUGCAAAAGCUUUUCGAAAAGUUCGAAUUGGAACAUAAGUUUAAAGUUUGUUCAGAUGUUAUUGAAGAUAUCUACUUGCAGACAAAUGGACACGCUAUUAUGUUUUGCCUUUGCGGAGAAUACUUCUCAAACGGCCAUGUAUGCAAAAAAUUUAGUUCAUUUGAUAUUAGCGAAACCUUAA